CCGGACGACAGACAAACUACUGUGAGAAAUAGAUUUUGGAACCAGUGUGUUACCUUCUUCAAUCAGAUCUUGUCUCUUGGACCUCUGUUUAUUGAUGAUGUUGAAGACGAGACUUGCUUUUCAAACAUGAGCUUGUAUGAUGAAAGAGAAACUGAAAAUCGACUUGCACUAUGGGAGGACUAUGAACUAAGAGGAUUUUUGCCACUGCUUCCAGCUCAGACUAUUCUCGACUUCUCACGGAAACAUUCCUUUGGAACUGAAGGUCCCAAGGAAAAGAAAGCUCGUAUAAAGAGGAUCCUAGCAGCAGGAAAAGCUUUGACCAGUGUGAUCAAAGUUGAUCAAAAUCAUGUGUAUUAUGAUUCUAAGAAGAAGAAGUUUCUUGUUGGUGUAAAACCGUCAGAUGACUUGCUGGAUUCUCAUUCAAGCCCACCUAAAGCUGAUGCUUUGCAAGAUAACCAAGUAAUGGUGAAGCAUAACUCACCAGUGAUGCAGCAAGAUCAACAGAUUUGUAUGGGUGAGGAGGAUGAUGAUGAAGUAAUUGUUUUCAAGCCUCUAGUUACUGAAAAGAGGAAAGAGGCUUCUGACC